GUGUUGCUAGCGGGGGCGCGAAGGAGGCGGUGGCCGGGCACUUUUGGGGGGGGGGGACAGGUCAGCGGCUGUGAUUGUUUCCCCUGCCUCCCCCCCACCCCGGCUCCAAUCGCUGCAGCCAGCGCUCAGCCCCAGCGAGAGCCCCCGGAUCGACCCCCCCGUGUGCAGGGGCGGAGCCCCCCCGGCCCGCAGCCCGCCGCAGCUGGAGCAGGAGUAAGCGCAAGAUCCCAACAUGGCUGAAAUCAGCAUCGAUCAGUCCAAGCUACCUGGCGUGAAGGAAGUGUGCCGAGACUUCGCCGUGCUGGAGGAUCACACCCUCGCUCACAGCCUGCAGGAGCAGGAGAUUGAACAUCACUUGGCAACAAAUGUUCAGCGCAACCGCCUGGUGCAACAUGACCUGCAGGUGGCCAAGCAGCUGCAGGAGGAGGAGGAUCUGAAAGCACGAGCCCAAAUCCAGAAGCGCUACAAAGACAUAGAACGGCAGGACUGCGAGAUAGCUCAGGAAAUUCAGGUGAAAUUGGUGAUUGAAGCAGAGCAGCGGCGCAGACAAGAGGAAAAAGAUGAGGACAUUGCCCGCAUCCUACAGCAGAAGGAACUGCAAGAAAAGAAGAGUAAAAAGCACUACUCAGAACCCCAGGGACACGCCGCUCAUGCGGACAGUUACUGCCCAGAGAACGGAGGAUUGAAGUCGAAGGGGACAAAAGAAGCUGUUUAUGCCAAACCCCGAGUGGCCCGUAGGGACCUGGAGCUGUAUGAUGCAGAGAUCGCUAGGAAACUGCAAGAGGAAGAGCUUCUGGCCAACCAGGUUGAUAAGAGGGCAGCGCAAGUAGCCCAGGAUGAGGAAAUAGCUCGCCUGUUGAUGGUGGAGGAAAAGAAGGCUUAUAAGAAAACGAAGGACCGAGAGAAGUCCUCUCUGGAAAAGAAAAGGCAGGACCAGGACUGGAAGCGUGACACAAGUGAAUCCGCGCGUCCAAGGUCAAGAGAGAGGCUUGAACCUCAGAGACUCAAGAGUGACAAACCUGCCCGGCCACCGCCGCCUCCAGUCACAGAACUGGACGACUUUUAUCACAGUCGUGGUAUUACAAGCCAGCCUAGCACUGUGCGUCAGUUUUCUAAACCUGAGUCUUCUCCUAAAGGUUUCCAUUACAAGCAGUAAAAAGCUAGACUUUGCAUUGAUACUGACUCUCUUCUGUAGCAAAUGUUACUGGAAUUCCCAGGAGAGCUUCUCAUUUCCUUUACCCAACUCGAGUUCCAUCCUCAGGACUUCUUCCUCUUUCAAUGUCAUGUCAAUAAGUAGUGUCUAUUCAUCCUGGUUUCCCGGUUGGUUGUGAUCACUUUAGUAGUGCAGUAAAAUCUAGCCAUGGUGUAGCUGGCCAGCUGUACCCAGCUAGCUGAUCUGGCAACACCUUUACAGCCCUCGGAAUCUCUUUUAGCUACAGCUGCAUCUUUGACAAUUAGUGGCUUGAUCUUUUUUCAGAGAGAGAGAGAGAGACAGACAGACAAUUGGGGGGAAGUCCAAGAUGUGAGGUGGAUUAUGGCAAUGCAGAAAUCAAGCAAUAGGAUGGAGAUUAACCUGUGACUAAGAUGACACACAGCUUUCUGUUGUAACCAGGAAUGCACAUCUUCCCGAGUCCUGAGUGAGGAAACGAAGCUAAAUCAACACAGAGCAACUGAGAUUUUCCAUAGUAGUUGUAUGAAGACGGGUUCACCUUCAUGCCAUCUACCAGCAGGGUGCUCGGACUUCACGCCCUUUGGAGAAAAAACUGUUCUGUCUACAAAGUCUCUGUUGUGCAGUCACUUCUUAGGAAACACCCUUUGGGUGAUGCACAUAACAUGCUUCUAUGUCCGAGUCAUAACCCCUUAUUCAGAGGCCUAAAACGUCAGCUCUUGCUGUACAUCUCAUAUGCAUUGUUUUUAAAGAAGUUUUCAAUUUCUUGGUGCAGUUGUCAGUGGUAGAGCUGGAGGGGAAUAUAAAUCCAUGGACCAUAGGACCAAAAGGGACCAUUAUGAUUAUCUGGGGUGACUUUGUGCAUGGCCCGGGUCAGAGAACCUCACCCAGUAAAAAUGGAGGACAUUAGUAUUCUUUCUCCAUUGAGCCCAAUAACUUGUGGCUGAACCAGAGUGUAUUUUCUAGAAGAGCACCCAGUCUCUGUUUAAGAUGCCAUGUGAGGAUAACUUAAUCACUUCCCAGAGUGCAGGAAUCCUCUCUCACUCGAAGAUACCCGCCUAGGUUCUCUCCUGUACUGAUCCUUAUGUCUCUGCCCCCACCCCAUGGGAGACAAGUACCUCCCAAGCUGCCUCCCAGUUCUUUCAACCUCAGCAUUUUUGUCAAUCUCUGUGCAAAUACAUUUGAAUUGCAAAGAUGACCAUAGAUACAGUAAGUUCUUUAGCCUAUCCAGCCAAUAAGGGCUAGGUGGCCAGUCCACAAGUCAGUGGCAGUGCAUUGAUAAGCAGCCUGGGUGGAAACCCUCUGAAUGGCUGCUACUCCAGAAAGGCAAUAAACUGCACCAAGUCUGUCCUGGGUGCAUCGCCUGGUUCCCUGACCUCCCAGGGUCCCGAUGCUGCUGAGUGCACGGAAAGGUAGGAGACACAAUGGCUCUCCAGAGCCUGCUUGCAUGAAGUGAUGGUGCACUGUGCUGGUACAAGGGAGUAAGGAAUGCUUCUGCCCCCUCUGCUCCUUUGUAGCUGUCUGCAGGAUGGGCCCCAAUCCGGCCCCAAGGCCAUGUCUUUCCUAGGGGAAAAAAGGUGUGUUCUUAACUCCAGCUAAGGUAAGUCCUAGCGAAGACAAGGCAGUUGGUAGCUGUCCACGAGCUAGCAGGUCGAGUUAGGCUAUGGAGCAGCCUAGUUUAGCCUGACCUUCUAACUCACGUGCAAACUACAAAUUGCCUGGUCUUCACGAGAAUUUUACCUCCGAUUAGUUACCCUGUGUUAUAACAAUAGCCACCAUGCAGCACCUUUCAUCAGUAGAUCUCAAAGCAGUUUACAAAUCAUUUUACAGAUGGGGAAACUGAGGCAAAUAGAGGCGAGGUGACUUGCCUAAGGUCACCCAUCAACCUGUGGCUGAGCGGGAACUAGAACCCAGUCUCCUGAGUCCCAGUCCAGUGCUCUAUGUAUCAGGCCACACUCCUUGUGUUCUGAAUGAAAAGAAGGCUUAGGUGAGUUAGAAGUAACUUGAGUGUUUUCUGCAUUGCUGGUAUCCCCUGCUGUUGAAUGGACUCAGGCCGAUGUCUCCAGACUGCACAGGAGCGUGCCUGCUUUCCCCUUUGCCUCUCUCCAGGGGUCUCGGAAGCUCUCUACCUCUUCUCAGGAAAGUGCCUAGCCUGUGGCUAGAUUUGACUGCCCUUGUCUCCUGCUCUUUCAGUUGCCCCACAUCCAUCUUGUCAGAAGUGUUAACAGAGUUUUAAAGGAAACAAUCCCAAGAUGCACAGUGUAUUUUUUAUUUGACAAUUUUGGCAAAUGUGCUGGUGCCAUUUGCAAGGUUUUUGUUAUAAAUGUUUAUUUUUAUAUUUCAUGGAACAGUCAAAGUUUCUACUGCUGAGAAUGCCACUUCUUUUCUGUCUUUCCCUGCAUUCCCCCAACCUGUAUGUAUUGUGAAAUGGAACGGGGGCUGGAGGUGUUUCUGUACUGACAAUUCUCGAAUGGUCCAAGACCAUGACCUGCCCCUCGGGUCAUCCAGGAGGUAUAAAAAGUUGCCAAGUCAGAAUAUGGUUGCAUUUUACAGUGGCUUUGUGCAAGUAUAAGUGAUGUCACAAGGUGGGGAGAAUCCGACCCCUGGAGCUCAGCUACUAUUGGGGUUUGGCAGCUAAUUAUGAUUUUCCCCUCCCGGGCCCCAACUGGAGGCUGCAAUUUCCAUCUUAUCCUCAUUAGGAAAGUCUUUAAGGGCCUGAUCCUGCUCCUGUUUCUUGGCCUGGUUCUGGAAAGCAUCCCUAUUCAAGAAGGGUGCUCAGGUCCCAUUGAAUUCAAUGGGAUGUAACAUGCUUAGGUGGCAAAGCUCCUGUUGACUUGACUGAGAACUGGACGAGGCCCUAAGGACCCAGCCCUGCUCCUGUUGAAGUCAGUAGGCAUCUGUUGAGCAAGGAUCAGGUCGUCAAUAGGUGGAAGAUCGAGGACCUGAUUCAGCACAGGCCUAAGCAGCCAUGAAUGACUCUGCUGCUCUCAGCUGAGUGGCCGCUGCUUUUGCCAGACAUAACAUUGGCCCUUAGAGCAAAAGCUCUGGCUGGUUGGUUGGUGUCAGUGAUGAUUCUAAUAAGACCCAACCAGGGCUAUGUGCUCUUUCCCUGAUGGAAAGCCAGGGAACCAACCUUUCUGUUGCCCCCGUUUAAGUAGCUUGGCCUAUUACCUUGCUCUAAAUUAAAACGUAUACAGCAAAAGGCCGGAA